AUGGAGGCGAGCCAAAUAAUCGACUCUCUUGAUGAUGUUCAGGCCUACGUUGCAUCCAACCCAGCUAAAGCGAGUAUCUUUGGCUAUUCGGACAAGGUCGUGGUCGGAAUCUACAUGGGCGGUCGUUUUGAGGCCUCUACCACGGCUGCCACCGUCGUCGAGCAGAUGACCAGUUACCUCGCGACUCAAGGCUCGUUCGAGCAGAUGGCCCUGCAGUACUGUGGCUCAACUGCAAACUACAUGGUCGGACUGGCAAUCAGCACCCAGGCAGACCUUCCUGCAGUACAGCAGCUUGUCAAGACUUGGAGCGAUGGGAACUGCAUCUCGGGAUUCGACUCGGAGACGGAGGUUCAGACUACUCUCAUGCUUCAAAACAAGACUUCCUCGAGUCCCAACACGGUGGUCUCUCGGUCCGUACCACGGUCAGGUCUUGGUUCUCGUGCUGACACCUGCUCGACUGUUCAAGUUGUGUCCGGAGACACGUGUACCACCCUGGUCACUGAGUGUGGAAUCACAGCUACCGAGUUCUAUGAAUAUAACACAGCCUCUGAUCUGUGUUCCACUCUCGCUGUUGGCCACAUACAGCAACGGAACAUGUUACACAUAUCUGGUCGAAUCCGGAGAUACCUGCUCCUCGAUCGCCGCGUCUACAGUCUUACCACGGACAAGAUCAACAGCUACAACAACAAUACUUGGGGUUGGCUGGGAUGUGAUGAUCUCCAAGCCGGGGAAAAUAUCUGCCUGAGUGACGGGGACCCUCCCUUCCCUGCUCCGGUUGCAAAUGCCGUAUGCGGACCGCAGGUGGCUGGCACGACAGCCAACGGUACCAGCUAUGAUAAGUGGGCUGAACUUAAUCCCUGUCCUCUCAAUGCCUGUUGCGACGUCUGGGGUGAGUGCGGGACCACUCCGGACUUCUGUACUAUCACGGAAUCUGUUACUGGCAACCCGGGUACGGCUAAGACUGGAACCGACGGAUGCAUCUCCAACUGCGGGAUCACCAUUGAGAAUAAUUCGACUGCGCCUGCGGAGUUUUUCUCGCUGGGCUACUUCGAGUCUUUCAACGUGGAUCGCACCUGCCUUACUAUGGACGCCUAUAUGAUUGACACUGACAAGUACACCCAUGUGAUCUUCGGGUUUGGGACCAUCAACGCCGACUUCUCGAUCAGUAUCAACCAAACGGAACAGUUCGAGCAGUUCCUCAACCUGACUGAUGUCAAGAAAAUUGUAUCUUUUGGUGGGUGGGACUUUUCCACUAGCACCGACACCUACAGUAUCUUCCGCGAGGGUGUAACUGCCGCCAACCGUGCUACCCUGGCCAAGAAUCUUGGGGAUUUUGUCUCCAAGUACAGCCUCGAUGGUAUUGAUAUCGAUUGGGAAUAUCCUGGCGAGCCUGAUAUCCCUGGGAUUCCGGCUGGUAGCAGCGAGGAUGGCACCAACUACGUGGCAUUCCUGAAGGAGGUCCGUUCUAUCAUUGGCACUAGCAAGACCCUCUCGAUUGCCAUGCCUGCUUCUUACUGGUACCUGCAAGGGUUUCCUGUGGCCGACAUCAACGAUAUUGUCGACUUCAUAGUCUACAUGACUUACGAUCUGCACGGGCAGUGGGACUACGGCAAUACUUCUGCCGAUGAUGGCUGCGCGGACGGUAACUGCCUCCGUUCGCACGUUAAUCUGACCGAGACCUAUUACGCUCUAUCCAUGGUCACCAAAGGUGGCGCGGAUACCAAUAAGCUUAUGGUCGGCGUUUCCAGCUACGGCCGAUCCUUUGAGAUGACCGCCGCGAAUUGCACGGGGCCGGAAUGUACCUACGUCGGGCCCAAUUCGGGGGCAACGCCAGGCCGGUGUACUCAAACGGCCGGGUAUAUCGCCAACGCUGAGAUCAACGAGAUCAUUGCCACCAAUCCCACGGUCCAAGUUUUAUUCGAUAGCGGUAGCGACUCAGACAUCAUUGUUUACAAUGAGACUCAGUGGGUGGGCUAUAUGACCAACACGACCAAGAGCACUCGUACCUCGUACUACAAGGGGCUGAAUAUGGGCGGAACCACGGAGUGGGCCAUUGACCUGGAAGCUUUCGUCUAUGCACCUACCGAGUUCAAUGAGCAGGUGGACAUGUAUUUCUCGGAGAAAGUCGUCUCAUCGCUAUUGAACUCGUCGGAUAUCUGCUCGUUCCCAGCGUCUAGCGAAAGCAGCGCCACCGCAAGUAAGGAACGAGGGGUGGCAGCCUAUAUCGACUGGCUAUUAGAGGAUGACUUGCAGACUUCCGCAUACUGGACUCGACAAAUGUUUGUCUCUACGGGCGCCGGAUCCACACAAUGUGACCUCUACCCUGACGGCUCUUGUCCCUUCCCGACGGGCUAUUGCAGCAACUACUCGAGUCCCGAAGAAUACUGGGCCGAGUACGUGGUGGCCAACUUCCGUGAAUAUGUGAAUGAGUUCGGAACAUUGUUCCAGUUCGCGACCGCCAACCAGACCCUGUCUAUUGCCGACAUUGUCUCCGAUUUUCCCGUCAAAACCGGGCCCGCGGCGCCGGGUCUGUCGACUGUGCUCUCCAACGUCGGCAGUAUCCUAGGCAUCGUCGGAGCCGGGGUGCCGCUGUUGGAUGUUCCCGAGGAGGUCGAGACGGAUGUAGGCAGCAGUCUGAUCGGGGCCGCCAGUGGCAUCUUUGGGGUUGCGGGGAGCUCCGUGUCGAGCAGCACCACCACCAGCACCGAGACCGAGACUCUCCUCGACCAAGUGCAGCAGGUAUACAGCUGGAUGUUGGACGGGGUCGAGGACACUCUGGCCGAGAUCUUUGAGCACGGCAAUAUCUCGAGCUGGGCCUCGGGGCUUCGCGCCGGCGACUACACGUCCGAGAUCGCCAACUUCUUCGACGGCCGGUACAUGUUCGAGCUCUCCGAGGAGCAAGCCAAGGGCAUUCAAUCCAUCUUCAACCAGCACCUGCGGGCGUACCUGGUGGGCAGUGCGCUGGCGGCGGCCAACUACUAUAUCCUCAAGGGGGCCUAUUCGACCACGGACUGCGCCCAGAAGACCAGCGGCACGGUCAUCGGCGACAGCUGCUACACCCUCCAGUACCCGUCCUCCACCGGGUGGACCCUGACCAAGCAGAUCAUGACCGAGCUCAUCAGCAGCGACGAUCUCACCAAGCUCACGGGCACCUACGACGUCGACCUGGAGACCCUGUACACCAACUCGUACACCUGCCAGAACACGACCGGAACCUACUACGGCACCAAAACCCCGACCUCCGCCAGUGAUAUCCUCGACGCCGCUUCAACCACGCUGCCGACUUGCUUCUUUAAUCUUCCGGUCUUCACGGUCGAGAUUUCCGACGAGCCCAGUACGAACAACUAUCUCUCUUCCCCGUGCCUGGUCUACCGUCUCAAUUCGACCGCAAGCACCGCCGAGCUGGGCGUGACCUGGAUGCCCAGCAACCUGGCGAAGAUUUUUGUCAAGGACUUCUGCCAGUGCAGUCAGUCCGAACGCGAAUGCCUCCUAGCAUAG